CGGGAGUUGUAGUUCGGGUAUGUGGAUUCAUGCUUGGCUUCAUUUCCCACUGAUUCAUAUUGUUGAGGAAGAAGAAAGUCGCUUCUUGUAGUAGAACAAUUUGAUAUAUUAUUAUAAAGACUCUUAUUUGGCAAUGGAGGCUCCCCCAGUCACCACCAUGCCUGUGUCCGGAGGGACGAUCAAUAUGAUGGAGUAUUUACUGCAAGGUAGUAUCCUUGAUCAGGGUCUAGAAAGCCUUCUUCACCGAUUACGUGGCUUAUGUGAUAACAUGGAGCCAGAAACCUUCUCUGACCAUGAAAGUGUGUACCUCCUCAAGGGCCAACAGGCCAGCCCAUUUGUUCUACGUGCACGUCGACCUCUUGACCGUCCAGGAGCUCCAUGGCAUCUCCGCUACUUAGGACAACCUGAAGCAGGAGAUCGAAGUCGUCAUGCCCUUGUUCGGAAUUGUGUUGAUAUUGCCACCUCUGAUGUUCUUCCAGAAUUCCUUCAGGAGAUGGGUUUUCGGAUGGACCAUGAGUUUGUGGCAAGGGGCCACUUGUUUCGGAAAGGGGUUAUGAAGAUUGCAGUCUACAAAGUUUUCCGUGUACUAGUGGCAGGAGCAGCAGAAGGAGCCGAACCAUUAUCUCUCUCUUACCUGGUUGAGCUUAGUGCUGUGGCUCCAGCUGGACAGGACACAAUAGCAGAUGAAGUUAGGAGUUUUGCAGAGCAGCUCAGGCCUCUCGUGCAACUUGAGAAGAUUGACCCUAAACGCUUAAUGUGAAGAGGACAAUAUAAGAGUGUACAGGACGCUGCCAUUGAGUUGAAAAGACUACAUUGCAGCUUAUUUUGUAUCCAGUGUCAGGGUUAAACUGACAAGCAGGAAAGAGGUCAUAAUGCCUAACUUUUCCACUGUCCGGUAUCUGUGUCACAGGUGGGUUUACAAGUCAGCACUCAAUGAAGAACCUUAUCAGAUAAUAGGCAAGUGCCAUUUUUCUCUGGACAUUUGU